CCCACCCAUUCUGCCCGUGAUCGUUUUGCUUUUGCGUAUGUUGAAUAAUCGAAGAAAAACUGUUACAGAACGUUUAAGAUCGGCAUCGAUCGAUUAUCCUUACUCGUGGAUCUAUUAAAAAUGUGUUGUUCAUUUUUAAACGACGCUCAGCUCAUCGAUUUUAUUUUCAUCGUAACGAGCUUUUCAAUUCGCCGUUAGUGAUCGAUGAUAAAUCAGAAGCCACAAGUGCACGUUAUUUUCAACGUUUCUACGACAAUCUAAGUUCAUCAUAGAAAAAGAUAAGUGACACAUGAACUAACAACAACAAAAACUUGUCUCUAAUUCAAACUAAAGAAGCCUUUUUUAAUCAAACUUGGAAGAAGCUUUAUGUAUCCGGCAGGAGUAUGUCAAUCACACCGGAAGUUUCUUCGAGGGAUACUCUUAAUUCUAUCACUCCUUCGGAGGAUCGAAGCCGUACAGGAAGAUACGUAGCAGGUGGAGCAGCAUUAGGAGUCACGUUGCUUGCAUUACACCAUGCACUUUUACGUGGUACAUCUUCCAUAGCAGGAAUAUGUGUACCUGCUAUCAUAAUGGCAUGCUAUAUUAUUUGGGUACUUUAUUCCGCUCGUAGGGAUAGACGCAAGGCUUUAAGGAUUGCGACCGCCAUGCAACUGACGGAAGUAAUAAAUGAACCUGCCAGAUCCACCGAAGCUGUACGUAAAAACGCCACAAACGACGUCGAUGAACCUGAUGGCAAUUUUACGGAAAAGAAUAGUCACGAAAAUCCUGCAUUUCUGAAAGAAAAUUAUGUCGCAUAGAUCAAGAUUUUCUUUAAAUUUUCUUUUAUUUUCCUCAAUCUUUUGACCUCCACGGCUAAAUAAAACGAAUUUUCCAUCU